AAAGUUUCAAGCCUCAACCUUCUAACGCAGAAGAAAACACUUCUUCUCCUCUCCUCAUCCCUUUCUCUCUUUCUUUCUAGAAUCUUCGAAUAUUCUUUUCACUUUUCCACACAACUCACUGAGUCACAACAACUUGUCAUGGAAUCUAAACCCUCAAACACUAUUAAGAUUCUCUAUAGCUACGGUGGCAAGAUCCGCCUUCGCUCCACCGACGGUGAACUCCGUUACGUCGGCGGUCACACCAGAGUCCUCGCCGUCGAUCGUUCCAUUUCAUUCUCAGAAUUGAUGGUGAAGCUUGAAGAAUUGUGCGGUUCAUCUGUGACUUUACGGUGUCAAUUACCAAACGGAGAUUUAGAAACGUUGAUUUCCAUCACCAACGAUGAAGAUUUAACCAACAUAAUCGACGAAUACGAACGUGCCUCGUUGAAACUAACUCAUCCGUUGAAGAUCAAAGCAAUUCUUUCGCAGCCGAAAUCGAGUUUGAAAGUUUCACCUGAUCUAUCAUCUUCAUCGUCAAAUGCCAGUUUGUCUCCGGCCAGAUCACCUCAUACCUCCGCUGAAUCGCUACCGUAUGCGGUGGCGUAUCGGAUCGGACGUCACAGCCGCUCGCCGAGAGCUCCGGUAGGGUAUUCGAUCGGCGGCGUUCGGAAUGGAUCUGCGAAAGCUUGUUGCUAUAUGGGCCAGUUACAGGGAAGCCCGAGAAGCCCAAGGCCUGUGUAUUAUGGGCCUCGUUUCAAUAAUUACUGCCAUUAAGGACUUAGACCAUAUUUUAUUUUAUAAAUUAAUUACAUAUAAUUGCAGUAAAUACGUGGAACCAAAUUCGAAGCUGAAUCAGUAUAUGAAUGAGAAAAAAAACAUUCAACGAAGAACAAAAAAAAGUUGAAUUUGAGUGAAAUUUUAUAAAUUUUCAGACGUGGUUGAGGUUCUAUUUUUUUUGGACAUGGACUUGUUUUUUUUUUUUUUUGUGAAAUUUAGGUUUCCGUUAGCCACCGUCUGAUUUGGACAUAAUUUUUGUGACGUGUCAUAUGCGUGUCGCUUUUGAUGGUUAAGAUUCCGUUUGCCAAAGUCAGUCUUCGUUUUUGCGUGAGAUUCGUUCAAUUCAUUCACAUUUAGCGUGACGUGAUUAUAUGGUUUAACUGGUAUUCUUUUUAUUUUGCAAAGAUUUUUUUUUGAGGAAUUAUUUUGCAAAGAUUAUUCGUUUGUUGAAAAAUGGGAUUAUUCUUUUUGAUUUGUAUAAUUGUUGAAUUAAUCCUUAUGCGUAAAUGCGUGAUUUAAUGGUGUAUUGUUUUUCUUCCAAUUUGCAGGUCAAUAAUAGGAGGAUGGAGACACGGUACCGUAAAGGUGUGGGAUUUGGGAAGAGGACAAAAUGUUUGAACCUUCUUGAAGAUUGGAAGGGGUACUAAUGACGUCGUGGAAUAUAGAACUUUGAAUAGAUAUUAUAUAAAAAUAACUCGACUAAUAUAAAUUUAUCAACAUUUGGCAAAAAAAAAAAUCAUCAACAAUUUGUCAAAAAUUAAAUAAAUUUCUUAAAAAAAUAAAUAAAUAAUUUAUCAACAAAAAAAACUUUAACAUAUUAAUGUGGAGAGUGACGACCAGCUAAGAAGGAGAAAAAGAAUACGGACCCACCAAAAAAAA